AAAUAGUUAGAUUAACAAUGAAAUUGAGAUUUAAAUUAUGGAAACCCCAAGUUCGACCCAGGCUCGAACCCAACCUAAACCAACCCAAAACCACAUUUAGAUUGUGAUCGUGUUUAUGUGAGGGUCAGAUUUUGACUGUGUUUAUACGAGGGGCUACUCCACGGAGUGAAUGCACUACCCAGAUGCUAUUUUCGCCCUGCGUUUCAACACCUCCCCAUCUCCGUAAACUCACCGCGCGGUUACGCUCACCGCUCCAUCUCCUCCUCGUCUCCUCCCUCUCCUGCGACCCUCCCCACCCUUCCCCUUCGCCAUGGCUCCCCUCGCUCCGCGCCGCGGCGAAGUACGGGCACAUGGAGCGCGCGCGCCGCGCCCACGCCCUCGUCGUCACCUCUGGGGCGGCCUCCGACCGCUUCCUCGCCAACAACCUCAUCGCCGCGUACGCCAAGUGCGGCUCCCUCUCGGCCGCUCGCGACGUGUUCGACCAAAUGCCCAAGAGAGACACCGUCUCGUGGAACUCCCUCCUCUCCGCCUACGCCCUCCACGGCGCUGCUGCCGACGCAUUCGGUCUCUUCCGCGUCAUGCUCCGGUCCACCGUGGCUCCGACAAAUCUAACCUUCACUCCCAUCCUUAAGCUCUGCUCGGUCUCUCCCCACAUGCUCCCGAUAUCGCAAGCCGUCCAUUGUUGCUCCGUCAGGUUCGGUUUGGAUUCGGAUUCGUUGGUCUCGAGUGCUCUCAUCAAUGUCUACUCAAAGUUUGGACUUUUAGAGGAUGCGCGGUCUCUGUUCGAUGAAAUGGCUGAGAGGGAUGUGGUGUUGUGGAACAUAAUGAUCAAGGGGUAUGCUCAAAUGGGUUUCGCUAAAGAUGCGUUUUUGAUGUUCUCAGAGUUGCAUCGGAGUGACUCGCUCCAACCUGAUAAUGGUAGUAUCCACGGCAUUUUUCUGAAAAGAGAAUUGCAUAGGGAACUUGAACAGGUUCAGGCUUACGGUAUUAAGUCUUGCCUUCUUGAUGACUCCUCUGAUGUGAUAAGUUGGAACAAAGCCAUUUCGGAAUAUGUUAAGAAUGGACAGAGUGAUUUUGCAUUGGACUGUUUUAUGGAGAUGAGAAAGUUAAAUGUGGGAUAUGACAAUGUAACAUUUGUCGUAGUUCUCAGUGCAAUCGCGGGAACAGAGUAUUUUGAUUUGAGUGAACAGCUCCAUGGAAUAGCCAUAAAGGUAGGAUUUUCUACGGAUGUUUCGGUGUCAAAUAAUCUUAUUAACAUGUAUGCAAAGAUGGGCAACUUAAAUUGUGCAAGGCAAGUAUUUGAUGAGAUGAACGAAGUGGAUUUGGUUUCGUGGAACUCAAUGAUAGCAAGCUGUGCCAAUAAUGGUUUGGAGGAAGAAUCUAUUAAUUAUCUUAUGGAUAUGUUAAAGCAUGGUGUAAUUCCUGAUCAGUUCACAUUGGCAAGCGUUCUUAGAGCAUGCUCUGGAAUUACGCGGAAUUCCUCCUUACAUCGACAGUUACACAUUUUUGCCCUAAAAAUGGACCUGACUAUGGAUAGCUUCGUAUUGACUGCAUUGAUUGAUGCCUAUUCGAAGAUGGGAUGCAUGGAUGAAGCAAAACUACUUUACAUGGAUUGUUUUGAUAUAGCUUCAGGUAAUGCUUUGGUUGCCGGUUAUGUAGCCAUCGGAGAUAAUCACGAAGCAUUAGAGCUUUUCUCAUCAAUCGUAAGAACAGGCCAACUACCUAAUCACUUCACCUUAGCAACUGCCCUGAAAGCCUGCAGUUCCCUUGUUGCCCUUGAACAAGGGAAACAAAUUCAUUCUCAGGCAGUAAAACUUGGUUUUGAUUCAGAUUUAUGUGUCAGCAGUGGGAUUUUAGAUAUGUAUAUCAAAUGUGGCAAUGCUCGUGAUGCAUCCACUACAUUUAUCAAUAUCAGUGAACCUGAUGAUGUUGCUUGGACAGCUAUGAUUGAUGGAUGUGUAGAGAAUGGAGAUGAAGAGCGUGCCCUUAGCUUGUACCGGCAAAUGAGGCAGUCAGGAGCAUUUCCUGAUGAAUUUACUUUAGCUUCCCUUAUUAAAGCUUGUUCAUACUUGGCUGCAUUGGAACAAGGAAAGCAAAUUCACGCCAAUGCCAUCAAGUUGGAGUGUGCAUCGGAUGCCUUUGUUGGGACCUCCAUCAUGGACAUGUAUGCAAAAUGUGGAAAUGUGGAAGAUUCAUUUACUCUAUUUAAGAACAUGGGCGUGAAAAGUAUAGCAUCCUGGAAUGCAAUGUUGCUUGGUUUCGCCCAGCAUGGGAAUGGCAAUGAAGUAAUGAAGCUUUUCAAGAAGAUGCAAUUGGAAGGUCUAAGGCCUGAUAAAAUUACAUUCAUCGGUGUUCUCUCAGCAUGUAGCCAUUCAGGAUUGGUGUCUGAAGCUUAUAGGCACUUCAACUCUAUGCGCACAGAAUAUGGCAUCGAACCAGAAGUAGAGCACUAUUCUUGUUUGGUUGAUGUUCUUGGCCGUGCAGGACUUCUUUCUGAAGCAGAAAAUGUCAUCAAGUCGAUGCCUUUUGAUGCUUCGGCUUCUUUAUACAGGGCGUUGCUUGGUGCCUGUAGGAUUCAGCGCAACAUGGAAGUUGGACAGCGAAUAGCAACUAAGCUUUUGAGCUUGGACCCACUUGACUCCUCAGCUUAUGUUCUUCUCUCUAAUAUAUACGCAGCAGCUAAUCAAUGGGGUGAUGUCGUCGAUGCUAGGAAAAGUAUGAAGAGCAGGAAUGUGAAGAAAGACCCUGGUUAUAGUUGGAUAGAGGUGAAGAACAAGGUGCAUUUGUUUGUCGUUGAUGACCGUUCUCAUCCUGAAACAGCUGCUAUUUAUCAUAAGCUAGAGGAUCUGAUAAAGAGGAUUAAAGAUGAAGGGUAUGUGCCUGAUACAGAUUUUGUGCUUUUAGAUGUUGAGGAAGAGGAAAAGGAGUGUGCUAUAUGUUAUCACAGUGAGAAGCUGGCUAUCGCCUAUGGCCUAUUGAGUGUACCUCCGCCGCUUAGAAUUCGAGUUAUAAAGAACCUCCGUGUUUGUGGGGAUUGCCAUAAUGCAAUCAAAUACAUAUCCAACGUAACCGGACGCGAAAUUGUGUUAAGGGAUGCGAGCCGCUUCCACCACUUCAGCAACGGAGCAUGCACCUGUGGGGAUUACUGGUGAUGUUAACUAUUCUUUCUGUUCAGGUUGUAACCAAACAUUUGGUUAUGUUGGCAUGUAAAAGUGACCUGGGAUCUUAUUGGCUGAUAGUUACAGGGUACAACUAAUAAUCUUGUUGUUUUAGCUUAUGAUCAAUGGGUUUUUGGUAUACUUAGCUUUUCCAAGUAGGAGUUCUCUAUGGGUACAGAGAGGGCAUUUGUUUUCCUAAGUUUGUAAGGUGGUGAGUUACUGUGGCUGGAUAGUGUCUAAAUUGUGUGAGGCAGGUAUAUAAGCUGGUUGGUUAAUAAAUGGGUUUUUGAUAGGGAUCUAUAAGAGGUACUUCAUCCUUUUCAAGCUUUAAAUAGAAUCUCAUCAUUAUUUCUCA